CCAAUGCCUAUUAUCUUUGCUUACAGAUUUUGGUCUGAUAAAAGGGUAAACCAUUUAAGACGGACAUACAUUAGUGAGCAAUUUAAAGAAGCCCAAACUCUUGUUACUUCAGUGGAUGGAUUACCCGUAAAUGGAUUUACAUUUAACAAGGAGGAACAUGAAACAACCACAUUUCUGAGAUUAAUAGUGACAAGACAGUGAGUGCAUAGGAAGAACUUAUAAAGAAAUGAUGAUAUUAAUAAUAUAAAAGUGUUUGAAUCAUACAAUAAGAAUGGCCCUCAGAGGGAAUAGUUUGGGAAGCAAAAUGGAUAGAAUAAAGCCGGAGAGAGUUCCCCGCCAACCAGUUCAUAAGAUAUGGCGAAAUGUAAGAUGGGCGGAGUCUUUUGUGGAUGACUCAUUAACAAUUGAUGCUGCCGAUAUAACUGAUUCUUUUGCUCUUAGAAAGGUGGCGCUUUUGUUUGAAACAAAGAAAUACAAUGAAUGUGCGUCCCUGAUUCGAAGGUUAAACUGUGUAACUUUGAGCAACAUUUUACAUGAAGUACCACUAGAUGUACUGCAUGACUCUCUGCCUCAAAGUCUUAACAUUCUUGAAGCAUUGUAUGUUAAAUUGUACGAAACAACGGAAAACCCUGCCGAUUUUCCAAAAGAGGAGCUUCAAAUUGAUCAAUUUUUACAAAAGCUUGUGGCCCUUUUUGCUAAACAGUCUGGUUUGAAUAAUAAACAUGAAAAGAAUUCAAACAGUGUAUACCCAUCCUGCAGGAGUAUUUUGCGUGUAAUAACAUGGGUGGAGCCAAAUAUAAGACGGUUUGUUCGCAUGAGGAAAAGAGAACUUGAUAAGUGCCUAAGACAUCUAGGUCGUCAUGGGUUGGUGGAAUCUUCAGAAAGCACUUUGAUGAAUUUACAUGAUGCGUUUAAGAUUGAAGUAGAGAAAGUUGUUCACAACUAUCGUGCAGCACUACAGAAACUUGAAGAGUUAAAUUUGUCAGCAAAACAUCCCACGGGUAGCUCAGUGAUAUGGGGUCCCGCGCCGUCAUCAUCAAGUCAUCAUCGUCUGAUGCAAAUUAGAAGGGAUGACGUUCAGGAGCGAAUUAUCAAAAACCGAACUUUGUUCAACCUGGUGGAACCUGCAAUAUCAAACCAGUAUUUAAAGAAAUUCAUCCAUGUGUUAGAAAAGAGGAUAGAAUAUGAUAAAAUGGUUCUGUUUCAUGACACAGAGUUGAGAAAAAUUAGCAAAGUUGACAACACUGACCAGCAAUUUUUGUCUGUUAGCUUGAAGGAGUUUUCACAAGGAUAUGGAGUUGUCCUGCAGCUUCUCAAGGAGGUUAUAGAUGAAGAUACACUGACUGAGGAGGAGGAGGAUGAUGUGUUUGUGUCGAGUGACGAGGAGACGAUCUCUCCCGUCAUGUAUAAAGAACGGUUACGAAGUGUGUCCGGCAUAAAUGGCUUCCUCUCAAAUAGAACAUCAUCAGGAGGCAGCACUAGUCGCAGACAUCGACAGUUUAAAGGGAGAUCAUUCUCAGAAGGUACUCGGCCAUCUAUAAUACACAUAGGGCAAACAUUUCGACAAUCAGGUAGCAAUAUCCAUGGAAGUCUUCCAUCACGUAUUGGUAAAAUGAUUAACCUUGGUGAUGAACAGAAGGCAAUGGAGCAUGAACUUAAUAAUCUUCGUCAACAACUAGACAAAAGUCAGGAAAUGAUCAGACAUUUACAAGAUCGAGAAAAACAAUGUUUAACUAAAAUAUCCGAGCUCCAGUUACAGAUACAGAUUCCGUCUAGCGAUGAAGAUGCCACAAACAGGGUACAAGAGCUCAUCGUAACGUUCCGGAACCUCUAUCAUCUAGAUAGAGCAGAAGCUUUAGAAGCUCUCAACAAUCUUCCAGAAUUGAAAGAAGUACACUCAUUGAAAGGAAAAAUACUUUUCUCCGUUGUUGUUCUUGCAUUUCGUUCAGUGCAGCAGAUGAUACAAGAAUUAAGAGGGAAAUUGAGACAUACUCUUAAACUUCCUGUACCCAAUGCCCCUAUGGUAACAUCUAGUGAUCCAGUUGCCAUGGAAAUGGAGCUACAUAUUGAGAAAUAUUUGUGUAAAGCUUCCCAGAGAUUUGAAAUUUCACAAUGUGUUCAGGAAGUAAGCUCCCAGAUAUUUGCCACAUUAUAUGACUAUCCUUGCUUGAAAACUUGUGAUGGAUUGAAACAGUAUAUGAACAACUGUAUACAGGCAGCAUGGGGACUCAGUGUCCAGCGACCACCUUUUGUGAUUGUUUAUGAUUCACGUGUCUUUAAUAACGAGAUUCACGUUCGUGGUGAAAGUUCAGACAUUCAAUCUGUGAUGAUCAGAAAUUUUCUAUGGCCAGCAUUGAUCCAAGCAAAUAAUGGACCAUGUGUGCAUAAAGGAAUUGUUGAAACUUAGGAAUGUAUGAUAUUCAAAAUUAAUGAUUUGAGCCGUGUCAUGACAAAACCAACAUAAUGGGUUUGCGACCAGCAUGGAUCUAGACCAGCCUGCG